GCUAUUAAAUAUGUCGUUGGUGUAACGCCUCUUUGCUGGCGUCCUCCUUAUGGUGACUGUGAUGAUCGAGUUCGUGCGAUUGCUCAGCAACUCAAUAUGUCAACCAAUAUCUGGAAUCUCGACAGUAAUGAUUGGCAAAUGGAACCUGCUGGUUCAAUGACAUCGGAUCAAAUUGAUCAAAUUUUCCAAGGAAUUUGUGAUAUGGGUAAAAAUGGCACCUACGCUAAUUCUGGUGCAAUUAUUCUGGAACAUGAACUGAAUAAUGGAACUAUGUCAAAGGCUCAGCAAUGGUACCCCUCAAUCAAAAGUGCCUACAAAUACCUUGUUCCUGUCGCCUCAUGUAUGAAUAUUGCUCAUCCAUAUGCUGAAACCAAUUACACCUAUCCGUCAUUUGAUGAAUACACUAAUAGCACAACUAAUUAA